UUUCGUUACCAGCGCAGUGUUAGAAGAGAUACGAGGGCUACUUACUCUUUGUUUAGCAAGAAUUGGAUGGACAGAAAUCAUAAUGUUUUAUAUAAUGGUUUCUUUAAAAAAUGUUAUUUUAAUAAGUGUUAUUGUUUGAAGGCAGUCUGUAAGGACAUGGAUGGAAGCCCGGAAAUUCAGUGUAACCGGGGCUGGUCAGUUGAUAUUGUUCAAUGGCAUUCACAAACCUAUACCAUGAGAAAUAAACAGCCAAAGGAAAUAUGUUGACAUGUUAUUCUGUAUUAAACAGCUGAAAGAAACACACACUGAGCUGUAUUCGGCUGUGAAAGUUUUGGAGGCUCGUGCUAAUAGCUCCGCUGUCAGGCAUGUGCGGAGAGGAUCGUGCGGAAAAUGUGGCUUGGACGUGAGCUACGUGCGCACCCGCGGGUAGACGACAUGACAUGGAGAUGUUGGAAAACAAGGACCUUAUAAAUGCACACGUAACCGAGAGUAUCCGUUCAGCCCAAGAGCGAGUGCCGAAUGGCUGUCCCGAGUCUCACGCAGUGAAUAAAAUGGGUCUUAACACGACCACGCCGGGUCACACGUCCAGAUCGGUUCUGAAGGAAUCGAAAACCGGUUUGCCAUUGUGUAAUGGAGAAGGAUUAGGUUCUCCAUCCACUACUACUGAAGGAACUUAUUGCGAUGGCCCACAAUCAAACGGACUGGUGGAGACCCCAAAGCUCGGUCUCGCAACUCAACCUGAUAGGUCUCUAAAGAGACCUUGUGGAGAUGUGAGGUCAAGACAGGUCCAGCAUCAGAAGAGAAAAGACUCAGGGUUAGGUGAAAUGGGUUCUAGUGGUACUUCGGAUACGUCCCAUGGAUCGAACACAUUGCUCGAAUGCAAACGGAGGAGACUAGAAACGGACCCCAAAACCGACAACGGCAAAAGUACACAGAUCAUUUCUUCCCUUGUUUCCAAUCACCAACAUAAAAACUGCACUCCUAAUUCGGUCUAUCAUAACGGACACAAAGUGUCAGCCACAAAGCAUGCAUCACCCAGGCAGGUCGAGGUGCAGUCCGCUCCAUCUGGGGUGACCACCAGUGCCGGAUGGUCUCCAGAACACAUGGCUCAGCACUAUAUAGUGCCCUGUAUGAGGUUUUACGGCAUUUGCGUCAGAGAUGGCUUCUUGGGUGCUCGAUUGGGGGAUAAGGUUCUGGAGGAAGUGGAGAUUUUAAACCGCAGUGGGAAGUUUCGAGGCGGGCAACUGGUGAGCCAAAAAAACAUACCCUCUAGGAACAUCCGUGGAGACCAGAUAGCCUGGGUUGAAGGCAACGAGCCGGGGUGCGAGAACAUCGGCUGCCUCAUGGCUCACGUCGAUGAGGCCAUAAUGCGCAGUGCAGCCAAUGGACAGCUGGGUGAUUAUGUCAUAAACGGGCGCACUAAGGCCAUGGUGGCGUGUUAUCCUGGUAAUGGAGCAGGAUAUGUAAGACAUGUGGACAAUCCCAAUGGCGACGGACGUUGCAUAACCUGCAUCUACUAUCUGAACAAAGACUGGGAUGCGAAGGUACAUGGAGGUUUAUUGCAACUCUUCCCCGAGGGUCGUAACGUUGUCGCCAACAUCGAGCCUCUGUUUGACCGGCUGCUUAUUUUCUGGUCGGAUCGGCGAAACCCACAUGAGGUCAAACCAGCUUUUGCCACACGCUACGCUAUCACCGUUUGGUACUUCGAUGCAAAAGAACGAGCAGAAGCUAAAGAGAAAUACAGACUGGCUACAGGACAGAAAGGAGUUAAGGUGCCCGUCACCCAGAGCAACGUGACCUGAAUUACAGCCAGCCGAGAUGAACUCUACUGCAGCCCGCUCUUGUGUACAGUAACACACCCCGCUGCGCGAUUGGCCGAAGAGAUGCAGGAGGCCGAUCCAGUAUGGAUCUGUUCGUGGCUUCAAAACUGCCAAUCACACUGAGUGUACAAAAUAGUAGACCACUAAGUGUCAAUCCAAACUCUGGUGGUCAUAGCUCUGAAAGGCGGAAACUUUUCUCCUCCUGUGGAACAUCAGCGACAUGGAAAUGGACCUGUACUGUUUAUCCUUCUAAUACGAAUUAAAAUCUGUAAGCCCACCAGUUGCUUUCUACAACCGUACAUCCCUGUGUAUGAGUGAGUUUGAGCUUUCAGAUGGCCUUUGCCCAUCCUUCGAUCGACAGGAAGUGAGUAGGUGAGAUCAGCAGACCCGACGUGUUACUUCCUGUUCAACCUGUUCUUGAAUGUGUAGCCAGCUUAACGCUGAGUUCAGUUACAGCACUGACAGAAAUAACAUUAUACAGCAAUGCUUGUAAGUCUUGGCUUGUACGGCUCAGGCGCUGGGAAUUUAACUAAAAAUAAAUGGCGCCUUUUGAUAAUGUUGUAUUUGCUUUGCUUUAGAAAUGACGCAAAUAUGGUAAUGCCACAACCCUCGCUCACAAAAAUAUGGAACCCAAUAUGCACGCCACAAUUCUUAAAAGUUGUGACGAAUGACGCAGAUCAUAGCUAUUUAUCCAUCAUUUCAAUUUAUCAAUGUCAAUUUAACGUCAGUAAAACGUUGCAUUUUGGUUGAAAAUGAAAAUCAGGUCGAUGUCAAACUCUGUUUAGCUUUUGGUCACCUUACUUCAACCAUUCAUACUAUGGACAAUAACUAUAAAGUUAAAAAAAAUCUCUAAAUAUAAUCCACUAUUUUAAAGUCUAAAUUUAAAAUAGUGGAGUCCACAAUAACGACACCCAACUAUGACAAUAAGAAUACAGAGGGACGACAUUGUUGGAAUCACUCGGCGAUAAAAUGAUCGGAUUCCUGAACACUGUUGUCCUUUUUCAGGAUGCUUGAAACCGAUAUUGACUACAAAUCCCUAUUCGGACGGGAUUAGUUUUACAGGGGGACCUCUGAGAAAAUCGUGCUUCUUAGAGGUCCUCUGUGUUUUUAAUCCCGUCCGAAUCUGCCAUGUCUGUGUUUUUCUCUGACGACUUCCGGAAGAAUUCCAGAGCAAUUUACUUACUGUUUUUCGCCAAACUCAGAGGUCCUUUGAGAAAUUUAAUCCCGUCCGAAAACAAAUGUCUAUGUUUUCCCGCAAUAUCUUUUCAUGAGGUAUUUUGAUCAUUUUACAGCACAACUAUCCACAGUAUUCUACAUUAAAUGACAAUGGCAUUAUUAAAAUGACGUGAAAUCAACCAAAUUUCAACGUCUUUGUGACUUGCUGGGCUGAAUUUUCUUAGACAUAUGCCAGUUUAUAACGCCAAUUAUUUAUUCAUCAUUUAAUGAAUCAUCGCUUCAUUUAUACCCAUGCAUGGUACAGCGAUAUACCAGCGCAUGCACUGUCUGACGAAUUUAGGUAGUUCGUCAAUAAGACAGAAGGUUGCGCUGAAAAAAAAAUGAAUCCCUCAUCCAGGUUGUAUCUUUAGAUCAUUGGAACCCAUUGCCGAGAAAACAGGGUGUUUGUGAUCUUUUUUUAAUCUUUGUAUGUAUGUAAAAUAAUGAAAGACAAUAUCUUAGUGACUCCUCAUGGCUUAGCCUUGCCUGUAACAGUGUUUCCUGCAUACUAGAUACAGAAGCCUCUCCCUUUAGGAAACACAGGCUGCAGUAUAGUGCUCGGCUUGCGUAUACUCCUUGUCUAUAGGGAUGCACUUAAUUCAAUCAAUAAUUUUUGAAUGAGAGCUGACAAUCUCGUUCUCACCUCAGUGAGGUGCUAUAUAGUAAAAGAGAUAAACACAGGGCUCUCCACAAGUAAUGGCAACAUUUCUUAUAAGGUGACUCUUAUAUCAGUGUAUAUUUGUGAAUGGCUGUGUUCGGAAAGAAAUACGACUACUGUAGUGUACUGUACUGCAUACUCCAAAGUACACAUUACAUGCUGGUUUUGUAGUAGCGAUGACCAGUUUAAACAAAGUUAUGCUUCAGUGUCAUCACAUUAAAAUCUCAGAAAUUAUUUUGCCGUACCGAUGUCUUCAUUUUUGGUAGACCGAUCGAGUUUGACUACUAUAUUGAUUCUGAUUGAAGUUUAAUAGAUUGUGGAAUACAGUUUCUUAAUAUUUUGGGAAAUAUUUUAGGUCAUCUGUUUAUCUUUUCAUAAACAAACACUAUGCACAGUGUACUUAUUUUACUGACUGGUAUGGUAGUAUGCUUUUCCGAACACAGCCACAGUCUGAAAACUGGGAGCAUUAUAAUGGAAGAAAAGAGUUAUGCAAUGAACUGGCACAGGACACAAUAUUCUUAUUAAACCAAGGGAACAACUGGAUCAUUUUUCUUAAAUCUUUCCAUAAGAGAGUGAGAAUAUUGUACUGACCUGUGCUAUGUUUGAAUCCCAUUGGCGGUCAGAGAAAGCACUUUAUAACAGUGUGUGUGGUGUCUGAAUGAGCAAGUAAAUGUAGAAGAUGUGGGAAGUAAAUGCUUUUUUGCGCCAUUUAACAGUAUGAAUCUUUAAUCAACUGAGAACAAAAAAUAGAUGUUUGCCUAAUCUUUCUAAGUUUUACAGUAUUUAAUUAAAGCGUGUUGGAUUUUGUAAAACUGACAUUUGUGUUUUUUCUCUUUUACUUAUUUAGAUAUAACAAUAUCUAAUUAUUGAACGAAUAUGUAGGGAUCAACAAAUAUGAGUCAACUCUUAAACUAUUACCCCGCCUGGUCCUAAUUAUGGUUGUCAAAUCUUAUAUACCAAUAGCUAAUUAUAAUUUAUUUAUUUUAAUAUGACUGAAGGCAUACCUAAUAAAGGCUUUUUUCAUUCCUUCUC